AACCCAAUUCACAGCAAAGCGAAGCAGUAAACUCAGCAAUGGAAAGAAGCAAAGUGGUGAUGAUGAUGGAAAUGGCAGCUCUUGGAUUCGCUUUACUGUUAAUAGUGCCACAAGCCGAUGCUACUAGGUACAUUGUUGGAGGGGGAGGCGUGGGUUGGACCACUAAUGUCAAUUACACUGUCUGGGCUCAAGGAAAGCACUUCUACAAUGGCGACUGGCUGUUCUUCGUAUACGAUCGGAACCAGAUGAAUGUUCUGGAGGUGAACAAGACAGACUACGAGUCAUGCAAUUCUGAUCAUCCACUUCACAACUGGACAACUGGAGCUGGAAGGGAUGUGGUUCCGCUUAAUGUGACUCGCCAUUACUAUUUCAUUAGUGGCAAAGGGUUCUGCUACGGCGGCAUGAAACUAGCAGUCCGUGUCGAGAACCUGCCUCCACCUCCUAAAGCUGCUCCGUUGAACGAAAAGAGUGACUCCUCGCCAAGUACUGUUUUCUACAGAGGUCAGCUUGUUUUACCAGCUGCUUUUGCCAUUGCUGCUCUGUGGGAUGCAUUUGUUCGAAUCUGGUAGUUUCGGACAAAAUCUAAUGUAGACAAUUCCUUCAUCAAUUGUGAAAACCAAAUAGAAAGAAUCCAUAUUCCAUUUCUUCUUAAAUUAUUGGUGUUUUUGUCCUGAAAGUGUUGACAUGAAACUAGUUUUAGGAGGGGUUUGUUGAUAGAGAAGCAUGUGAAAAAUGGCUACUCUCUGGGAGACAUUAUUGCUUGAAUUUGUGGCAAAAUGCAAUGUUAUUGAGUUCUGGAA